GGCGAGAGAUUAUGGCGGUCGUCGCGGUUAACCCGGCGGUCAUGUUUGUCGUCGAUAUUGAAAAGAUGCUGGAACGUCUGAAGAAAUGCACCAACUUGUUGGAGCUGGUGCAGAAGGGGCUCGCCACAUACUUGGAGAAGAAGAGGCUCUACUUUCCGCGUUUCUUUUUCCUCUCCAACGACGAGCUCUUGGAAAUAUUGUCCGAGACAAAGGACCCGACGCGGGUGCAGCCGCAUCUGAAAAAGUGCUUCGAGGGUAUCGCGAAAUUAAUCUUCACGGACGAGAUGGAGGCUAUAGCUAUGAUAUCGUCCGAAGGGGAGGAGAUUAUUCUUGAGGACGUGAUCGACACGACUGCAGCGCGAGGGCAAGUGGAAAAGUGGCUCCUCGAGCUUGAGAACGACAUGAAGAGAAGCGUGAAGGCUCAGGUAAUACACGCCAAGGACGCUUUCCCGACUAAAGCCAGGAGUCAAUGGGCUUUGGAUUGGCCGGGUCAGGCGAUCCUCUGCAUCAGCAAAAUGUACUGGACGGCACACAUUACCGACAAGUUCUCGGAAGGUAUUGAAAGUUUAAAGGCCUACGUAGAAACGUGCACGCACGAGCUCAACGAGAUCGUCAAGCUUGUUCGCAGCAAAUUGUCGAAGCAGAACCGAACGACUCUAGAAGCUUUAGUAACGCUGGACGUUCACAGCCGCGACGUGUUGACGGAAAUAUCCAAACAAGACGUGACUCGAGCGUCGGACUUCAAGUGGCUUUGUCAACUGAGAUAUUACUGGAUGGACAACGAUCUACUAACGAUGAUGAUAAACUCUACGCUAGGCUACGCGUACGAGUACUUGGGUAACACGUCGCGACUAGUGAUUACGCCGCUCACCGAUCGCUGCUAUCGCACUCUGUUCGGUGCCCUUAGUUUACACCUGGGUGGUGCGCCGGAAGGACCCGCCGGGACAGGUAAGACGGAAACUACCAAGGAUCUGGCAAAAGCGGUCGCCAAGCAGUGCGUCGUGUUCAACUGCUCGGAAGGACUGGAUUACAUAGCUUUGGGCAAGUUUUUCAAGGGUUUAGCGAGCACAGGUGCAUGGUCUUGCUUCGACGAAUUCAAUCGCAUCGACCUGGAGGUCUUGUCGGUCGUAGCGCAGCAAAUCUUGACCAUUCAGCGGGCCAUAAACGCGGAGCAGAAAGUCCUGAUAUUCGAGGACACAGAACUGAGUCUGGAUCGCACAUGUGCGGUAUUUAUCACGAUGAAUCCGGGAUACGCUGGCAGAUCGGAACUGCCAGAUAAUCUGAAAGCUCUGUUUCGUCCAGUAGCUAUGAUGGUGCCGGAUUAUGCCUUAAUAGCGGAGAACACACUGUACUCGUAUGGAUUUUACAACGCGAGACCGUUAUCGGUGAAGAUAGUCAUGGCUUACAAGUUGUGCUCGGAGCAACUGUCCAGCCAGAAUCAUUACGACUACGGCAUGCGAGCGGUAAAAUCCGUCCUGAUAGCGGCGGGAAAUCUGAAGCUGAGAUACCCUGAAGAGAACGAGGAUAUCUUGAUCUUGCGCAGCAUCACCGACGUGAAUCUGCCCAAAUUCCUCAGCGAAGAUCUGCUUUUGUUUCGCGGCAUCAUCUCGGAUCUUUUUCCGAACGUAGUGCUGCCAGAGCCUGACUACAAGCAUUUGAACGCGAGUGCGUAUCAAGCCUGCGCCGCUGCGAACAUUCAGUGCGUUCCCGUGUUCCUCGAGAAGAUUCAGCAAAUUUACGAGAUGAUGUUGGUCAGGCAUGGAUUCAUGAUUAUUGGGUAUCCCUUCGGCGGCAAAACCACAGCCUACAAGAUGCUGGCCGAUGUAUUGGAGAUUUGCGAAGAAAACAACUUGAUGAACGAGCACAAGGUGGAGAUGACGAUCAUCAACCCGAAGGCGAUAACGCUGGGACAGUUAUACGGACACUUUGAUCCAUCGUCUCACGAAUGGCAAGACGGUAUCCUGGCGGUUAGCUAUCGAGCCUUCGCCACUUCGACAAACGAGAACCGGAAGUGGCUGAUCUUCGACGGUCCGAUCGACGCGAUAUGGAUAGAGAGCAUGAAUACUGUCCUCGACGACAACAAGAAGCUCUGCCUGAUGAGCGGCGAGAUUAUCCAGCUGGCACCGACGACCAACUUGAUCUUUGAGUCACUGGACCUGGAAGCUGCCUCGCCGGCCACAGUGUCACGUUGCGGGAUGAUUUAUAUGGAGCCUACGUCACUGGGAUGGGAGCCCAUGUUGGAAUCUUGGAUAGCGACACUGCCAGAGGUCGUGGACGAAUGGCUGCGAACUUUCCUGUACGAGUCGCUGUUCCUCCGAUUUUGUACGCCACUUUUUCAUUUGUUGCGUCGGUGUAACGUAAAGGAGCUGUGCCCGAUGCCCGACUCGAACCUCCUACGAUCUGUCACGUAUCUAAUGGAUUGCUUCAUGGACGAUUAUUAUGACGAAGAAACUGCAAAAAAAAUAAGCGAGCUUGAUCUUCGGGCACAAAUAGAGGGCUCGUUCUUUUUCUCGUGCAUCUGGGGGAUGGGAGGCACUCUGGAAGCCACGUACAGAGAACAAUUUAGCAUCAUGUUCCGCGGUCUCUUGGAAAAGGAGUUUCCGAUCGCUCUGAUGAACGAGUUUCAGAUGAAAGAACUCGUACCACCGCCCCUAAAGCCAUACAUCUUUGUCAUGCCGAAGCAUCAUUUGGUGUUCGAUUAUAGAUUUUUUAAGGAGGGUAAAGGAAAAUGGAAAUUAUGGUCCGACGAACUGAUGAACGCACCGCCGAUACCGCGCGACAUUCCUGUGAAUCAAAUAAUCGUGCCGACCGUGGAAACAAUACGGUACACGACGCUCUUCCAGAUGCUGGUCCAACACGAGAAGCCGGUGCUCUUCGUGGGCCCGACCGGCACUGGAAAAUCCGUGUACAUAAUCGACUUUCUGCUGAAGAAGAAUAACGCCGCGGUGAACAAGCCGUUGCUGAUCAAUUUCUCCGCGCAGACCACCGCAAAUCAGACCCAAGACAUCAUCAUGAGCAAGUUAGAUCGUAGACGCAAAGGUGUGUUUGGGCCGCCCAUUGGUAAACGUUGGAUCAUCUUCGUCGACGACGUCUCGAUGCCGAUGAAAGAAACGUACGGAGCGCAACCGCCGAUCGAAUUAUUACGACAGUGGUUGGAUCAUUGGCAGUGGUACGAUAGAAAAGAAGCAACGAUAAUAAAGCUAAUCGAGAUUCAAUUAAUGUGCGCAAUGGUUCCGCCGAUCGCGGGUGGCAAGGACGUCACCUCACGAUUCAAACGGCACUUUUUCGCCCUGGCGAUAUCGGAGUUCGAGGACGAUGUUAUGGUCACGAUAUUCAGCAGAAUCGUUCUGUGGCAUCUUGACACAAGGGGAUUCAGUAAAGAUUUUGACCCGUGCAUCGACCAGCUUGUCCUCGCAACGUUGGACAUUUACAAGGAGAGCCUGUGCAAUCUGCUGCCAACGCCUGCGAAGAGUCACUACAAGUUCAAUCUCCGAGAUUUCUCCAGAGUAAUCCAGGGAGUGCUUUUAUCAGUCCCGGAGGUGAUGCCUGCUCUCUCAAAUAUGAAGAGAUUAUGGGUUCAUGAGAUACUUCGCGUAUUCGGAGACCGUUUAAUCGACGAGAUGGAUAUAAAGUGGCUAGUGGGUCAAAUAGCUAGCACGCUGAAGAAACGCAUGGAAAUUUCGAUCGAGGAACUCUUCGAGGACCUGCUGCCCAAGGACGCAAAGACGAUCACUAUGGACAAACUGCGAAAUUUAAUAUAUUGCGACUUCGCCGAUGCAAAGUUAGACGCCCGCCUGUAUCAAGAGGUCAUUGACCUCGAACAAUUGCGAGAGAUCAUGGAAACGUAUCUCAACGAGUACAAUUCGAUGACGAAAAAGCCCAUGAACUUGGUGUUGUUCCGGUUCGCAAUCGAGCACUUGUCGAAGAUCGCUCGUAUCAUCAAGCAGCCGCGAAGUCACGCUCUCCUCGUUGGAGUCGGUGGAUCCGGCAGGCAAUCCUUGACAAGACUAGCGUCGCACAUUUGCGACUACGAUGUGCACCAAAUCGAAAUUACUCAACAAUACGGCGUCCACGAGUGGCACGAGGACAUCAAAGGCAUUAUGAGAAAAGCCACCGCCAGCGAGUUACACUCGACUUUUCUCUUCAGCGACACGCAGAUUAAGGAGGAGAGUUUCUUGGAAGACAUCAGCAAUAUGCUGAAUACAGGCGAAGUGCCCAAUAUAUUCACAAACGAAGAGAAGACCGAAAUAUGCGAGAAAAUGAAGCAGAUCGACCGACAACGAGAACGAUCGUUGCAGACGGACGGUAGCCAAGCGGCACUUUUCAAUCUGUUCGUGCAGUUAAUUCGUGAUCAGCUGCACAUUGUUGUCACCGUGUCACCCAUAGGCGAUGCCUUCAGAAAUCGCAUCAGGAAAUUCCCGGCUUUGGUCAACUGUUGCACCAUAGAUUGGCUUCAGCCGUGGCCAGAAGACGCCUUGCUAGCUGUCGCGACGAAAUUUUUGUCCGCGAUCGAACUCACUGACAAUGAGAGAAGCGCCUGCAUCGCCAUGUGCCAGUUCUUCCACGUGUCCACCCAGAAAAUGAGCGAGGAAUUUUUAAUUCGCCUGAAUCGACACAAUUACGUGACGCCUACUUCUUAUCUUGAGAUGAUCAACACCUUCCAGACCUUGCUCGAGAAAAAACGCAGUGAUGUGUCGCGUGCCAAAGGCCGAUACGAAGGCGGAUUGGGACAAUUAGAUAGCACGCAGCAUCAAGUGACAGAGAUGCAGGAAACGUUGAAACAAUUACAACCGAAAUUGGUCGCGACUACGCAAGACGUUCAGAAGAUGCUCGCCAAUGUCGAAAAAGAGAGUCAGGAGAUGGCGGAAUUCGAGAAAAUGAUCAAAAUCGAUGAAACCGCGGCGCAAGAAGUAGCGGAUGAAGCAUCUGCGAUAAAAGUCGAAUGCGACGCUAAUCUGGCUGAGGCCAUGCCCAUUUUAAAUCGCGCUCAAGCGGCGUUGGACACGUUAACAUUAUCGGACAUCGCGGUGGUUAAAGCGAUGAAAUAUCCACCGUAUGCCGUGAGGCUCGUAGUAGAGAGCGUUUGCGUUCUCAAGCAAGUAAAACCGGAAAGAGUGCAGAAGGAAGGUGUACAUGUCGAAGAUUACUGGAAGGUCGCUCUGAAAGUUCUCAGCGAUAUCAAAUUCUUAGACUCGCUACUUCAUUUUGAUAAGGACAACAUACCGGAAGAUGUAAUAGCCAAGAUACGGAAGGAUUACUUGACCAAUCCAGACUUUGACCCGGAGAAGAUGAAGAAAGUCUCGAUGGCUUGCGAGGGACUAUGCCGCUGGGUCAUUGCGAUGUCCGAGUAUGACGAAAUCGCAAAAAUCGUCGCUCCUAAAAAGCGAGCGUUGGCGGAAGCCGAGCAAGCCUAUCAAACGGCUAUGGAGAAGUUAGAGUUGAAGAGAGAACAAUUGCGCCGCGUGGAGAGAAAAUUGCUGGACCUUCAAGAGCUCCUAAAUCAAAGAAAAGCGGAUUUCCAAGCGAUGUCGGAUCAAGUGACAGACUGCGAGAUGAAACUGAAGCGGGCCGAGGAUCUCAUCGGAGGGUUGGGCGGAGAGUACGCACGUUGGUCUCAAACCGCCAAAGAAUUGGGUGAAAAAUAUUAUCGACUAACCGGCGAUGUAAUAAUCGCUUCUGGCAUAGUGGCUUACUUGGGUCCGUUUACGAUGCCAUUUCGCGUGCAACAGAUAAAAGAGUGGGUAGAGUUAUGCACGAAGUUGCAAGUGAUCUGCACUCAAGAUUUUCAACUGCGCGAGAUACUUGGCGAGCCGGUUCUAAUUCGAUCCUGGAACAUCGCUGGCCUGCCCGCCGAUGCGUUUUCCAUCGACAAUGGCAUCAUCGUCGCGAAUGCCAGGAGGUGGCCACUGAUGAUAGAUCCGCAGAAUCAAGCCAAUAUAUGGGUAAAAAAUAUGGAGAAGGACAACAGCUUGAGCAUUAUUCGACUGACUCAACAAGAUUACGUGAGAAUCUUGGAGAAUGCUAUACAGUUCGGACAACCGAUAUUACUCGAAAACGUGGAGGAGGAAUUAGAUGCCGUUCUUGAGCCGAUACUCCUCAAGCAGACAUUUAAGCACGCCGGUGCAAUGUGUAUAAAACUGGGCGACGCCAUAGUGGAAUAUAAUACUAAUUUCAGGCUGUACAUCACAACGAAGCUGAGGAAUCCUCAUUACCUGCCGGAGAUAGCCGUGAGAGUGACUCUGCUGAAUUUUAUGAUAACACCGAGUGGUCUGGAAGAUCAGCUACUUGGCAUCGUGGUCGCGAGAGAAAGACCCGACCUGGAAUCGGAGAAGAAUGCUCUAAUCGUGCAGAGUGCGGCGAAUAAGAGGAUGUUAAAAGAGACAGAGGACAAAAUUUUGGAAGUGCUUUCUUCGGAAAGUAAUAUCCUGGAGGACGAGGAGGCUAUCGAUAUCUUGACAUCAUCCAAGAACUUGAGCGAUGAUAUUCAAGCGAAGCAGGCGGCCACGGAAAUCACCGAAAAGUCGAUCGACGUCGCGAGAUUGCAAUAUAAACCCAUUGCCGUCUAUUCGACCAUACUCUUCUUCACGAUAGCGUCGUUAGCCAAUAUAGAUCCAAUGUAUCAGUACUCGUUGGUCUGGUUUGUGAACCUCUACAAUAUAGCCAUCACAAAUACGGAGCCAGCCGAGACUGUUGAGCAACGUUUGAAGGACCUGACGGAAUACUUCACAUACUCACUUUACGGCAAUAUCUGCCGAUCGCUGUUCGAGAAGGAUAAAUUGCUAUUCGCGUUGCUUCUCGUUGUAAAUCUGCGUGAGACGAGCGAGACGCCUGAAUUCGUGAGCCAAUGGUUGUUCCUGUUAACCGGUGGGAUGGGCCUGGAAAAUCCGUAUGUCAAUCCCACAGAGUGGCUGCCCGUCAAGCAAUGGAACGAACUGUGCAGGCUGCACGACGUCACAGGAUUCGAGGGCAUCAGAGAGUCGUUCUCGCAGAAUGUCGACGAAUGGCGGAAACUAUUCGACUCGAAGGAGCCGCAGGAGGAGUUUUUCCCGGCGCCGUACGACAAAUUACAAUUAUUCGAACGGAUGUUAAUAUUGCGAUGUAUUCGACCCGAUAAAAUCAUACCCGCGAUGCAGAAACUCGUGGAAGAACAACUGGGCGCGGAAUUCGUGGAGGCGCCACCCUUUGAUUUGUCAUCCUCGUACGCGGACUCCAACUGUUGUAUCCCGUUGAUAUUCAUUCUGACUCCCGGCACCGAUCCGGCACAAACCUUGAUGGCGUUCGCCGACGAGCAGGGUUACGGUGCUAAACGUCUCUUUUACUUAUCCCUCGGCCAAGGUCAAGGACCGAUAGCGGAAGGGUUGAUCAAGAACGGCGUGUUGCUCGGCAACUGGGUGGUGCUGCAAAACUGUCACUUGGCUAAGAGCUGGAUGCCGACUCUGGAGAAGAUCUGCGAAGGCCUGAUACCCGAUACCAUCCACUCGGAUUUCCGACUCUGGCUAACCAGCUAUCCGGCGGAUCACUUCCCGAUAUCGGUUCUUCAGAACGGCAUCAAGAUGACGAACGAGCCGCCCAAGGGACUCCGGGCUAACAUUUUGAGGUCCUACACGAGUGAUCCGAUCAGCAACCCGGAGUUCUUCGAAGGCUGCGCUCAGAGCGAUAAUUUCAAGAAGCUCAUUUACUCGCUGUGCUUCUUCCACGCGAUCGUGCAGGAAAGACGCAAGUUCGGUCCAAUCGGCUGGAACAUCCCGUACGAAUACAACGAGACCGAUCUGAGGAUCAGCGUGCUGCAAUUGAAGAUGUUCUUAGACCAGUACGAAGACGUGCAGUUCGAGGCUUUGCAGUACCUCACGGGCGAGUGCAAUUACGGGGGGAGAGUCACGGAUGAGUGGGAUCGCAGGACGUUGAACACCAUCCUAGCAAAGUUCUACUGCCGAGAACUGUUGGAGGAUAAGUUAUACUACUUCGAUCAAUCGUCCACUAUGUAUUACUGCCCGAUCGCCAGAGAAUACGAAGCGUAUCUCUCGUACACGAGAAACCUUCCGAUAAUAACCGGGCCGAGUGUAUUUGGCAUGAAUGAGAACGCUGAUAUUCUAAAAGAUCAACGAGAGACAGAAUUGUUAUUCUCUUCGCUUCUGCUCACUCAGGAUCGAACGGAUCUUUGGAAGAUCAAGGAAGCCGUAAAAUCCGGCAUGAGGCAAACUUCCGACGAUGAUAUGGUUUACAACAUCGCCACAGAAAUAUUGGAGAAGUUACCGGAUGAUUUCGAUCUCGUCACGGUACUUGAGAGAUACCCUACGUUGUACAGUGAAAGUAUGAACACUGUGCUAGUGCAAGAGAUGGACAGAUUUAACAAAUUAUUGCGCUGUAUGAGAGAUAGCCUUGUUAAUAUACGAAAAGCUAUCAAAGGUGUGAUCGUAAUGUCCUUCGAGCUUGAAGACAUUUACGAGGCGAUCUUAACGAGCAGAAUACCUGCUUCGUGGAAACAAAAUUCUUACCCCUCCCUGAAACCUUUGGGCAGUUACAUCAGUGAUUUUCUACAACGUUUAAUGUUUCUACAGAAAUGGUACGACGAAGGACCACCCGUCACGUUCUGGUUACCGGGAUUUUACUUCACGCAAGCAUUUCUUACCGGAAUACGACAAAAUUAUGCACGAAAAUACCAGAUCCCUAUAGAUCUUCUCACGUUUGAUUUUAUAAUUUUGAAAGAGAGUGUCUUCGAGUCCCCUCCGAAGGAUGGGGUUUACAUUUACGGCCUAUUUUUGGACGGCGCGAGAUUCGAUAUAAAGAGUAUGAACGUGGAAGAGAGCUUUCCCAAAGUGCUUUAUGACAACGUGCCCUUCCUGCAGUUUAUACCGUCGAAGGUGGAGGACAUCAAAGAAAGGCGUUUGUACGUCUGCCCGCUUUAUAAAACCAGCGAACGUCGCGGGGUAUUAUCCACUACUGGUCACUCCACCAACUUUGUCAUAGCCAUAUGGUUGCCUACGAUAAAACCGCCGGAACACUGGAUUAUAAGGGGUGUCGCCAUGCUUUGUCAACUUAGCGAAUAAAAAUUUUUCUUCGUUUCUUCAGAGAAAUACGCUCAAAGUAAGCUCUCCAUGCCCUUUGAAUAACUUUAGCAGCUCGAUUUCGUCUGAAGAAUUCCAGUUUUUUGGUGAAAGCUUUCAUCAGGGUAAUUUCUCGCUCCUUUUUUAAUCGAUUGUACAACUCCCGUUGCACG